AUGGGUUUAAGUGCAUUAUUGCUUUUGAGAUUGGCACUAGUUGCCUUCACCCUUGUAGCAGUGGUAGCAGAACAAGAAUCGAAACCAGACUGUGAUACUAAGUGCGGGGACGUGACCAUCCUAUAUCCCUUUGGCACAAGGGAAGGCUGCUUCAAAGAUGAAGCUUUUCAUAUAAUCUGCGACAAAAAGAAGAACCAGCAGCAGCAGAAUCCGAUUCCAUAUUUAGGAGCAAACAACACUUUCCAAGUCCUCAACAUCUCCGGGGAUCGUAAUGAGCUGCACGUCUCUGUCCCGGUUCAAUCUGGUUGCUAUAAUCCCAAUGAAACAAAUUAUUGGAGGAAAACUUAUUUAACGCCUCACAAGUUUGCCAUCUCCAAUAAAAUGAACAAGUUCAUCGUAGUUGGCUGUUACACCGUCUCUUCCCUCUUUGACCGCAAAGAAAAUAAGUAUAAUGGCUGCGAAACGAAAUGCACUGAUGAGUGGAGAUCCGUGACUGUUAAAACUUCCUCUGGCUUUUGUUGCCAGACCCCUUUCGACCGAGCCCUUACAAAUUAUUCUGUUAGUCUUUUUAAUUUCUAUGAUGGCUCGAACGUUUCUGAGAACUUCGUGCCUUGCAGCUACUCAUUUUUUGCAGAGACUAAUGAAUCUUUCAAGUUUUCGUACAAAGAUCUCCAGAGUCUAGGGAAAAGCAACAGAUCUACUGUGGUUCUCGAUUGGGCUGUUGACAGUAAGAAAUCUUGCGGUGGAGCUUGCAAAAGUAAAGAAAGUAGAUGCGAAGAAUCGGAGAGUAUCAGUGGCUACUACGUCUGCAAAUGCAAACCAGGGUUCCAAGGAAACCCGUACCUCUCCGAUGGUUGCCAAGAUGUGGAUGAGUGCCUCGACAAAUCCUUACAUGAUUGCAUCGAUCAGAAUCAUUGCCACAAUUUUGAUGGUAGCUACAAAUGUGACUCUGGAAAGGAGUGGCUUAUCAUUAAAAUCUCAAUAGGUGUUAUUAUAGCUUUGUUGGUUGCCUUCACACUGCUCUCUGCGUUAUGUUGGGCACAAAAGCAAAGAAGUCUGAAACAACUAAAAGAAAGAAAUUUUGAGCAAAAUGGAGGAAACUUGCUUCUCCAACAAUUUUCUCAACGACAAGGAUAUACUGAAAGGGCCAGGAUCUUUACAGAAGAAGAGCUUAAGAAUGCCACAAAUAACUUUGAUGAAAGUAGGAUUCUUGGUUGCGGAGGACAAGGCACGGUUUAUAAGGGUACGUUGUCAAACAAUACACCUGUUGCCAUUAAAAAGUCUAGAGUUGGAGGGGAUCCCCAAAAUAUUAAAAGUUUUAUCAAUGAAGUAUUUGUUCUUUCUCAAAUCAACCAUCGGAAUGUGGUCAAACUUUUGGGAUGUUGUCUUGAAACUGAAGUGCCUUUAUUAGUUUAUGAGUUUGUAGACAAUGGCACCCUUCUUGACCACCUAAGCCCAUCAACAAAUGAUUGUUCUAUUACAUGGAAGACUCGACUAAGAAUAGCUGUAGAGACUGCAGAGGCCAUUUCAUAUUUACACUCUGCUGCUUCUAUUCCAAUUAUCCAUCGAGAUAUUAAAUCUGCCAACAUACUAUUAGACCAUGACAAUAGAGCAAAGGUAUCUGAUUUUGGAGCUUCAAGAAUUGUCCAUCUUGAUGAAGCUCAAGUUGCCACUGUGAUCCAAGGAACAAUAGGAUACUUAGAUCCAGAGUACCUCCAAACUGGCCAAUUGAAUGAAAAGAGUGAUGUUUACAGUUUUGGGAUUGUGCUUGUGGAACUACUCACUGGAAAAAGAGCAUUUAAAUUCAAUAAUGCAAUGGCUAAUCACUUUGUGUGUUCAAUGAGAGAAGACCGCUUGUGGAAAAUUCUUGAUAAGCGUGUGCUAGACCAAAAGGAGAAUGCAAAACAAUUGAAGGAAGUAGCCUUAUUGGCACAAAGGUGCAUUAGAGUUAAUGGAGAGGAAAGGCCAACAAUGAAGGAAGUAGCAAUGGAAUUAGAGGGUCUAAGAGCGAUGGAAAAAAAUCUUCAAGAAAAGGAGAAGGAUAUGAUGGUAGAAGAAAGUGAACACUUACUUGGUCAUUUUCCUAAUGAUGGAUAUGGGAGUGCUAGUACAAGUAUUUCAGUUUCAAGUUAUGCUAGAAUUCAAAAGCAAAUUGCCUUUGAGAUUGUAGAUGGAGGGCGAUGA